ACAUCCAUCACUGCAGAAAAACUCCAUCAAGAACUUCAGAUCAAUCCACAUCAGAGGCAUCGAGCUCCAAGAUGAUGUGGUUCCUCUUCCUGGUUGGUCUGGCUCUGGCUGCUGAGCCUCCUUCAGAUGGACAGGAACUGAAGCUGCUGCGUGGCGGCUGUCCAAUGUUCUGGUACAGCUUCAAAGGCCGCUGCUACAAGUAUGUUGCUUCACGCAUGACCUGGGGUGAAGCAGAGGUCCACUGUUUAACAGAGGGAGGCAACUUAGUGUCCAUUCACAGUCUGGAGGAACACAAUUUUGUUAAUAACUUGAUCAAGAACUUUGAUCCUACUCAAGAUUUCACCUGGAUUGGACUCACUGAUAUUCAUAAGGAAGGAACGUGGAUGUGGUCCGACGGAUCCAAAUAUGAUUUUUCCCUUUGGCAUCCUGGUGAGCCUAGCAAUGAUGGAGGACAGGGACAUUGUGGUCACACCAACUUUGUUCGGGACAAGUACUGGAAUGAUCAUUUUUGCUCACACAAAAAAGCUCUUGUUUGUGCAUCUCGUAUAAAUUGCUGUUAGCCUAAAAAAAAACUGUCUCAUUCCUGUCUGUUUGAUGCUCUAAUUUGAGCAAGUAUUUGUAAGAGCUUCAUACACAGUAUUUGUGAUUUUUAUUUUUCUCAGUGUAGAAUUUCAAGACUUCAUUUUCUAAACAGGAUUUGUUUAGAAAUUAAAAGAAAAUAGGAUAUUUCACCGUGUCAGUAGAAAAAGGCUUUCAUUUAAAGCUUAAGAAAAGUGCAAACUGUCAGUAAUUCACUUUCUGUGUGAGGAAGUAGAUUUGCAUAUUGUGUUUCUCUUCUAACACUAUGAAUUCUUUGCAAAAGUUCUGUAGAGUUUUUUUUAUUUAUUGUUAAGUAACAGAGAAGGUUGUAGAGAUAAAAGAGGGACAAGAUAAUGCCAGUCGGUCUUAAUAGGAGUGAAUGGAGAAGAAUGCAAAGGGACUGGAGAAGGAAAUAAAAAGAGAACAAGAAUUAUGACAAUUGAACAGAAAUCACAAAAAAGCCCCAGAUACAGGCAAAGUGUGGAGUAUUAGGUUGGAAUUACAUUUUCCUAAGGAUUAUAUCAACCUCUUCAGAUUGGAUCUACCAGGCCUGCAUAGCUUUGAACGUUUUUUGUUCCCUAAUAUUUGCUUUGAUUUUCAUAAGCUGUUUGUUCAAUAAACUUUUGUUGAUUGAUUUUUAUUUUUGAUAUUAAAUACAUAAAGUUGUUUUGGUUGUUGAAUUAAAUGUGAUUUUAUUCCGCAA